UUUAACUCUUCUAGUUGAAUGGGUCACUAUAUUUUACAUAUCUCAUAUUCCAUGGUAGUAUAUAAUUGGGAGUUCACAUGUUUUUUAUUUUAUUUUUACAUGGUUUAGUUCUUGUCCGGUUUCGAUCGGUUGCUUCUUACUCCUGUUAAUGUUGGAACAAAUAAUGCUAGUUUCGUUCCAGACCUCCAGGCCAAAUAGAACUGGCAGUCCUAGACCCGAAUGUGCUCUUUUCUGUGUUCUUAUAUAGACUUUGUAACCAACAAACAAACAAUAUUUCAAAUGGCCCUUAUCUGGUUGAGCUGGUCUGGAUAUGAACCAGUUACUGCCUUACUGGUAAUGUUUCAUGAGUGGUCAACCAGUUUGGUUUUUGGUUCUCUGGUGCUGUCCCGGUCCGGAUUGUGUCUGGAAGUUACUCUAACCACUGCUCAGCAAGGAUGUUCAUCUAAUGCUGAUUUCUGCUGGGGCUGUUCAAGCAUUAGUGAUUAUUCAAAUGGCAGCAUAUACCCAAAGAACCUCAAACAAAGUUUACGCUAUGGCAUUCUGCAGAGGCGACAUAGGUAAGGCCACCUGUCAAAGUUGUAUAAACAACUCUGGUCUUAGGAUCUUGUUGAAGUGUCCUAAUAGCUUGGAGGUAGUUUUUUGGGACUUGGUUUGCACGGUUCGAUAUUCAAAUACGUCCAUGUUUGGUGUUAAUAAAGAAAUGCUAGUGAUCACGCCAACAAGUCCAGCUAAAGCACAGGUACCAACUCUAUUUAACCAAUCUCUAAAUCAUCUUUUGGAUAAUCUUACCUUUUUUUUUUCUCCCGAGGGGUCUGGGGGGCCUGGAGUAAUCAGGGCUGAAACUCAUUCCAUUGAGUUUCGAACCCUUGUGUGCCUAGCGGGAAUCGAACUCGAGACCUCCCACUAGGCACGGUAACCUCGCAACCAGCUGGGCUGGAAUGCUUGGUUUUGGAUAAUCUUACCUUCAUAGCCGCAUCUGAUGACUCUCGUAAGAAGUAUGCCAUAGGAAGUGCCACUGUUCCAGGCUAUGAAACCAUAUAUGUACUUUUGCAGUGCAGUCCUGAUUUAGAUAUGCAGGAAUGUAAACACUGCCUUGGAGAUUCUGUCCAAUCUAUUCCUCAAUGCUGUAGUGGAAGACAAGGGGCAAAAGUUCUUAAGCCGAGCUGCAGUUUAAGGUACGAGGUUAGUGAGUUUUAUGGGUUUUCGGGCAUCCAAGGAUGUUCCGACAAAGCUGAAUACUGUUGGGUUGUUCAGAUAUUGGUGACUACUCUAGUGGCAGUAUCUACCAAACAAACCUCAACAACAUCCUUUCUUCACUCUCAAACACCCUUACAGAUAAUGGUUUUUCAUCCUUGUCCUCGGGAAACAAGCCAAACAAAGCUUAUGGAAUGGCAUUCUGUAGAGGAGACAUAGACAAGGCAACUUGUCAAACUUGUGUGGAAAGGUCUAGUGUUAAUGUCAAGCAAAGCUGUCCUAAUAAGUUGGAGGCAAUUUUAUGGGACUUGGUUUGCACGGUUCGAUAUUCGGAUAAGCCCAUGUUUGGUUUGGAAAAAGAAACACCAGUGAUCACACCAACAAGCCCAACAAGAGCAGAGGAACCGAAUUUGUUCAACCAAACACUUACUCUUCUUUUAAAUAAUCUUACCAUAAAAGCCGUUACGGGUGAUUCUCAUAAGAAGUAUGCCACAGGAAGUGCUAAUGUGGCAGGAUAUGAAACCAAGGAUGUUGUGGCAAAAACUGCAGUCCUGAUGAUUAUGAUCUGGAUAUGCAGGAAUGCAAAAACUUUUGGAAUGCAGUCCUGAUCUGGAUAUGCAGGAAUGCAAAAACUGCCUGGAAGACUCUGUCCAAUAUAUCCCACAAUGUUGUGGCAAACAAGGGGCUAGAGUUCUUAAACCAAGCUGCAAUUUAAGGUAUGAGGUUGGUCAGUUCUACAAAUCAACAGGUGGUCUUGGAUGAUUAUGAUCCUAGUUGUGCCACACAUUAAAUAAAAUUGAAACAGAUGACAUAUCUGUCCACAUUAGAGAUGUUUUUUUUGGCUUAUGAUUGAAUACUUUUAGUAGGGGUUGUGCAUAUUAAUAAUACAAAUGCCCCAAAGAAUUGAAGAUUAUGAACUAAACACCUUACUAUAUACGCCCUAUGCCCUCACUUAUUUAAUUUAUUUCACAUUUUCUAUUUUCCAAUUUAUGGAAUCUAUGUACAUUUAGGUA